AGCAGCUUUGAGGCUCUGGCCUCUCAGAUGUUGAGGGUCAAUUUCUUCCUGCAAAAACAAACUCUGGACACCUUGUUGGACCACAAGCCAGCUCUACGGUCAGCUGACGCACCAUGGCUCUAAAGAGGUCAGUUUUGUUGCUGUUGGCUUCAAUGAUCGUCCUUCACUGUGUGCGGUCAGAUCCUUUGACCUCAGCCGUCGGCUUGCAGCUGCCGUCUGGAAGUAAAGAGAAAACAGACAAGAUCCUAAAUUUUGGGAAAGAGUCCCUCUUUCUUCUCAAAGACAACAUGGAAAGCAUCGACUCUACGAAGCUGACAGCAGUCAUGAAGGGCAUUUCCAGCUUUGCUGCUUUUGCACCUGUAGUCUCCUCAGUCAUCAACAUGAUCCUGGUCUUUAUGCCUGAGGAAAACCCGGUGCUGAAUGAGGUGAAGAAAGGCUUUGCUGAGGUGAACCAGAAACUAGACUCUCUCUACAUUAAGAUCUCCAACCUGGCAACAGAUGUAAAAUGGCACAACUAUGCCAGCGUCUACUCCCAAGACGAACGUAUCAUCCUCAAUACCUGGAAGAAGUUUAGUGAGUUUAUGGAUAGAAGGGAAUCACCGAGUCCUGAGGAAACAAACCAACACAUUAAAGCAUUCACCAGCUUCUAUGAAAGACAAGGAACUGAGUCCAGUGUGUUGAAUUUUUACCACUACCUAACAGUGGAGGGCACGUCUCUGAGCGAAAACAUCAAUGAUCUGCUGAAGGAGAAGUUUAAAUGUGACGUUUCUGUGGUUGGCAGAUAUAACUUGUACUUGAGCAGCUUGUUUUGGAAGGGAAUGGUUCUCACCCAGUUCUACUGGAAACUCACUGAUGUCAACACUAAAAGCAAAGAAGCUGAACAUGUACAGAUGUUCAAAAAGGUUUCUGAGGCUCAGCUAUCAGCUGUGGAGUUCUGCCUCAACAACCACAAGCAAUACUUGGAGAAAGACGUGGAUGAAAUCAUCAAAGAUCACAGUUCUGACGAAGCGUCCCUCGCUGCUAAGGUGAAACAAGCUUUGGACGACAAGUACAGCUGGUACAGCUGGGUGGUGGUGGUGUUUGACAGCAGCCAGUCCACAAAUCACAAGCUUUACACUGAGUUUACCUUCAUGACUGAUAAGUUUGUAGUGGGCAUAAGCUCCACUGUGAAGGCAGAUAUGAUGGAUGUUGAUCAAGUGAAGGAUAUAGCCAGAGAGUGUUUUGAAGAUAAGAAAUGUGAAAUCAAAGUGACAGCACAGAGAUGCAGCCAUAUAUGGCAUUCAAAGGAUCUUGAUUAUGGAAUUUUUAUUCCUUUGAAAAAAUAUGUUGAAGUUACACAAGUUGCAUAUAGAAAUCAGUUUGUAGAGGUUCCAGAGCCGUUUCACAGAGUGAAGUGUUACUGGGAUGGAUAUGAAAGUUGGAUUUCUUUUCAUUACUCCAGACACUCGUCUGUCUGUGUCACCAAUCAAUGUCAGAAUAACGGAAAAUGCAAGAGGCUGGUCAGAUCCAACGAGUGGUUCUGUGAUUGUCAGGACGGUUACUAUGGAGACACAUGUGAUAAAAUAAUCAACAUGACAAUGUUGAUUAUGCUGGUUGGGCCUCAGUUAGGCCCAACCAGCAUAAUCGAGUAUAAACAGUUACUCAUGAUCGGCGGCAGUAUUUCCAUUUUGAUUUUUUUGUUUGUUUUGGUGCUGAUAUUGGUUCUGAAACGUAAAAAGUGUUUGUCAUGCUGUCGACUCAACAGUUCAAGCCUGGAGUCAGAAAAAGUGGUGGAAAACAAGGUUCAGAGGAUGGUCCAAUUUCAUGAAAUGAGCCAAAGUGUUCAUUUCAAAGAGAUAAGCACUGGGAGAAUAUGAGCAGCUGUUCAUUAAUAUCAACUGAUUCGUUCACAGAAACAGUAAGUCCAGCUCCUGUAAGCCACUUGGUUCUUUUCUGUUUGUAUUUUAAUGCAAACAGAAAAUACACAAACUGUUUCAUGUUCAUUUACCUCUUGCCAUAUAUUGUUCACUGCCUUGUAUUCAUUAUUGUUCAAAAUGUCUUGCCGUAUAAUGUCAUUGUUUGAUAUCUGAUCAGAUUGAUCAACCAGCCGUCAGUAAUUAGGCUCCUUGGUUUCCUUGGUUUGUUCAUUCCUGUCGUUGCUCCUCCUGGAUAUUAAAUGUGUUUAUUUCUCCACCACAGUUUUGCUCUGCGUUCAACGUAAAAUCACCUUAAUGUAAGUCUGGAUGUAUUCAGUUUUUUAUAUGUGUUGAUGUCUUAUGAAGAUGUUCAGUU